CCUAAUUCUUAUUGUCUGAGAAAAAAACGCCUUGUUUUCCCAUCCUAGCGCUGCUGUGCUGCUCGGCUCCUCCCUCCAGAGACAGACAGAGAGAGAGAGAUUUUUCUUUGCCAUCUGCAACCUUAUCUUAAACRAGAGGGAUCUGUCCUGCAUAUUUCUCAUGCAUUUUAUUUUCUUCAAUCUCUCUUUCUAGGGUUUCGAUUGGACUAGAUUCUUAUUUUUUUAAGAGUUAGGGUUUAAACUGUAACCAUGAAAUUGUCCCUAAAGAUCUCCAUGUGCAGAUCUUUCAGGUUGCUUUCAAGAGGGGAAUCGCUGUAGUCAAAGCUUGGUCGUGUGUGUUUUCUUUUCGCCAGAUAGAAUUUUUUAGCAAAAGAUUUGCAGUGAGGAUUGGACACUUGUUUUAUGUUAAUUUAAGAGAACGAGAUGGCAAGGACGUUGUCGCGUUCGCCGUCGUACAGGAGACGGCAUUCUCCAUCUCCUGUUGGACACAGACAUAGCCGUAGAAGCAGAAGAGAUCGAAGCCGUUCUCCAUAUUCGUAUUCUCAUAGCAGGAGAAAAAGUCAUUCUAUUUCCCCACGACGACGCAAAAGUCGUUCACCAACUACAAGGCGCCGGAAAAGCCGCUCUCCAACUCCAAGACGACACAAGAGACAAAGAAGUAGGAGUACUACAGUCUCUCCUAUAAACAGGUCUCGCAGUCCAAGUCUUGGUUCAACAGAGCGCAAAAAUGCCAUUGAGAAAUUGAAAAAAGAAGAAGAAGAAGAAGAAAAGAAAAGGCGUCAACGUGAGGCAGAGUUGAAACUAUUAGAAGAAGAAACUGCAAGGAGAGUUGAGGAAGCAAUUCGGAAAAAAGUUGAAGAGAGCUUGAACUCUGAGGAGAUAAAACUGGAAAUACAGAGGCGACUUGAGGAAGGUCGGAAGAAACUUCUUGAUGAGGUUGCAGCUCAACUUGAAAAGGAAAAGGAAGCUGCUCUUAUUGAAGCAAGACAAAAAGAGGAACAAGCUCGAAAAGAGAGGGAAGAGCUGGAUAGGAUGCUUGAGGAGAAUCGGAGAAAGGUGGAAGAGGCUCAGAGAAGAGAAGCUUUAGAGCAGCAGCGGAAGGAGGAGGAACGGUAUAGAGAGUUGGAACAGCUCCAAAGACAAAAAGAAGAGGCUAUGCGAAGGAAGAAAAUGGAAGAGGAGCAAGAGCGGGCAAAUCAGAUGAAGCUAUUAGGUAAGAAUAAAUCGCGGCCAAAGCUGUCAUUUGCAAUCGGUUUGAAAUAAUUGUUUGCAAAGCUUGAAGGUUGCUCCACCUGAUGAAGAUUAGCCAUGCAAUUAGAUUUACCAUGUACUUAGAAGACGAUACUGGCUUUGAACUACAUGCCGCUGCUGUUCAAUUCAUACAACUGUCAUUUAUUGAAUGAGAACAAUCACGAAAAGUCGUUAGUUUUAUGAACUAAAAAUUUGUUGUUUUUUCCCUUGUUUCAUCA